AUUGACUUCUUUGUGUUGCAGUCCUCCCACGAACUGGACGACAACAGCAGUGAGUCCAGCGGCCUCCAGCUGGAGGGCGCCAAUUCUCUCAAGGCAUUGGAUGAGAGCCUCUCUGAACCCCGCUCAGAAGACAGGACCCUGGUUUUCUUUGACCUCAAGAUUGACAAUGAAACCCAGAGAAUUAGCCAGUUGGCAGCUGUGAACCGCGAAAACAAGUUCCGAGUGCUGAUCCAGCCUGAGGCCUUCAGUGUCUACUCGAAGGCCGUCUCCUUGGAGGUGGGGCUGCAGCAUUUCCUCAGCUUCCUCGUCUCCAUGCGCCGUCCCAUCUUGGCCUGUUCUAAGCUGUGGGGUCCCGGACUCCCCAUCUUCUUCCAGGCCCUGGAUAAUAUUAACAGGCUUCAGGAAUUCCAGGAUGCCAUCUCGGGUUUCUUGGCUGUGUUGCCUCUCAUCCGGGAACGCAUACCGGGUGCCAGCAGCUUCAAACUCAGGAACCUAGCCAAGACCUACCUGGCGAGAAACAUGAGUGACCGGAGCGCCCUGGCUGCUGUGCUGGCCAUGCGAGACCUGUGCUGCCUCCUUGAGGUCUCCCCAGGACUGCAGCUGGUCCAGCAUAUCUACCCCUUCAGUAACUUGAAGUGCUUUGCUUCCCUGCAGCCCCUAGUUCAGGCAAAUGUCCUGCCCCUGCCUGAGGCCCGCCUCUUGGCCCUCCACAAUGUGAGCUUCCUAGAUUUGCUGACUGCAUACCGCAGCAACAAGCAGGAGGGGCUGAAGAAGUACGGCUGCUAUCUGAGCCUGCAGGCCACCUCAUCAGCAUCCACCCAGCUUGCUCAAUGCCUGCAGGCUCUGAGCACCUACAUGGAAGGACUGUUGCAUGGGCACACCCCAGCCAGGGCAGAAGGCAACUCUGCUCCCCUCAUUGGCCACAGCUUGGCUGGGUAUUUUCCAGAUAGCCCAGAGUACCAGUCUUGA